AUGGAACAAACAAAGGAGCAAAUGCCACCACCAGCUGGGAAGAGCCACCGUUCAUCCCCAGCUGAAGGAGAAACUGUUGUUCCUAAAGGUCUGCCGUCGUCUCCUUUCACUUUCAGGCCUCCAAAUAAACUCAAUCUUCCACCAAAAAUACCACCUACUGGCGUUCUUCCUUCACACCACGAGUCCCCUGGAACAACUGCUCCUUCCAAAGUGUCUCCAUCAUUCUCCGGAGGCGGUCGAGUAUUUUAUUUUCCUGGUAUCCCGGAAGAGGAAUACCCUGAAUCGCCGUUCUUCUCACCAGAAUUUCAAAUUGGCCUAAUUAACGCCAUGCAAAUCGCUAAGCAAUCGGCGACUAUACUUUCCCAACUAAUUUCACGGCAGAACUCUGCUAGGAGCGUAGAAAGAGGUCCAGAGAUAAUGGCUGAUCUCAAAAAGAGACUGGGACGAGCAAGCGAUCUUCGAAAUCAACCUCCAACUGCUAAGACAAUCGCGUUUCUAGGGAACUCCGGGGAAGGCAAAAGCAGUGUCAUAAACUCAUUGCUCGAUUUUCCGAAUAUUGCAACAAUAGGAAACAUGGGUGCAGCUUGUACCUCGAUUGUCACUGAGUACAGGCAAAAGAAACCAGAUCAGACGCAGUGCAUCCAAAUCGAAGUUGAGUAUCUCUCCGAUUCGGCUAUCAAAGAACAUAUCAAAGAGCUUUUGUGGAGCUUCCGCCGCGUUCUUCUUCCUGAUAUUGCAAGUGGUUCGGGAAAUGUGGCCGACAUUACAAGGUACCGAACUGAGUCAAGUCAGGCGUGGUCUUCUCUAGAGACUGCAUUUAGCCAUGAGAAGAAUUUCAACCGGGAAUUUCUUGAAGAUAUAUCUGAUGGGGCAUUUUCACGAAUAGCAAAUCAAUUGCUUCAAUGGACAGCGACCAUUCCUUGGCCGCAAGGAGCACUGAAUGGCAAAUGGGCAACAUAUGCGAAAUCUGCCGAAGAGUGCUUCGAAAAGACCAGACCUUUCAUGCGGGAUAGACUAUGGCCUUUCACUAAGAUCAUUCGGGUCUGUAUUGAUGCCCCAAUUCUGAAUAUGGGCUUGGUAAUUGUCGAUCUACCUGGUCUGCUAGAUGUGAAUCUUGCACGUGUCAGGGCGACGCAAGAAUAUAUUUCCCGAUGUGACCAUAUCUUCCUAGUUGCCAAUAUCUCUCGAGCAAUUACUGAUCAGUCAUUGAAAUCGUCCUUGUAUGCCGCCAUGAAUCACCACGCGCCCCAAGGUCUGGAAGUUUCAGCGCGCAAAGAAUCACAGAUUGCAGUUAUUUGCACCAAUGCAGAGUCCAACAUCAACGGCCUCCUCAGUCAAUUGCUUCAUAAUUCGGACAGCAAACUGCCAUUAGCCACUCAGAUCAUCGAACUGGAUGAAAAAAUAAAGACAGCCAGGCAAAACUUCAACCGAGAAUUAAAAAAGGAACUCAAGCGCCAAAAGGAAAUACUCCUCAUCGAAUCGCGGAACCAGCAUGUCAAGAAUGGAUUACAGAUCGCAUAUUCAGAGACAUUCAAGGAAGCGACGUUGAAUGUCUUCUGCGUAUCAAAUACAUGGUAUGAGAAGUACAGGCAAAAAGAGAAGUCUGGGACUACUCUCAAGCUGGUGACUACAAGCGGCAUUCCCGAACUGAGGAAGUUCUGCUACCUUCUAUGCGCAAAGUCCAGAUUUGACGAAGAUAAGCAUUUCAUUCGGCAUACAUUGUCCAGCAUCAUCACCUCAAUAGGUGCAUAUGCUAAGCCUGAAUCAUUCGCGCCGGCCAAGAACCCAACAAACAAUCUUGGGAAGGUGGAGGACAUAAGACGUUCAGUCUUAAGCGAAUUUGUUGCGGCUGAGAAGCAAUUUUUGGCAUUAUUCAAAGAUCUCAUACUUGGCCUUUUUGAAAAUCGAUAUCAACACUGGCAAGAGGCUGCAAUUGAGAAGGGGCGGGAAUGGAAGAAAUGGGACCUGCCACAAUACAAAACAUGGUGCCACAAGAAUGGCAAAGCCCGAACCCUUGGUGGACAACUAAUAGACUGGAACAGCGAGCUUAUUUGGAAGAUGCGGAUGGAGCUUGACCUGCAGUGGGAUUUGUUCGAAGAGGAGAUACCACUUAUGUUUGAGAAGCUUGGAAGUUCGACCUUAAAAUGGCUUCAAUGCUUAAAAGUUCACUUGGAAGAACAUGGAUUUUCAUCUACGAUGGUGCGCAGUAUCGACCACCGAGCAGAAGCUGUCAAGAACGGUCUUGAGAAGUUAAAACAAUACCUUGAAUCAAAAGUCAGGUACGGUGGGAAUACGCGCCAAAGCUUCCGGGUCAAAUGA